GGAGUGCGAAAAGAAAAAGGGCAGAGUUUACCUGUUCACCAAAUUUGGUUUUUGGGCUAUAAAUAUAUCUCAAACAGACUCGGGAGUUGUUCACAAUCUCACAUAUUCCCUCCCUUUUUGUGCCUCCAUUUUUCUCUCUUUGACAAUUUCAUAAGACCAAGUUACCAGACAUCCAUGGGGACUGUUGUCGAUUCUGUUAACCAGGUAUAAAUCUUAUUCAGAGUGACGCUUUGGCCCUUCUGAGAUAUCGUGAUGCUGGAAGAUAAAGGUUGGGAAGAUCCUCGUUCCGUUAAUAGCCCUAGGAGGAUCUUGAGUUUUUCCAAGAAUAGGAAGGCCACUGUGUUCUUUCCAGACCCAGACGACAGAGAUUCAGGAUUUGGUGUUUCUGGAGAUCAGGGACCCAAGACUUCUGAAGUUUAUGGAUUUGUUGGCUCAAUUACGACUGUUGUUGCUACAGUUCUUUUUCUGGUGUGGGCAUAUCUUCCCGAACAUUGGUUGCACUCUUUGGGAAUUGUUUACUAUCCAAGCAGGUACUGGGCAUUAGCUGCGCCAGCUUAUGCGAUGAUGACUAUAGUACUAGCUGUAGGAUUUUACAUUGGUCUCAACUUCUUGGCUACCCCUCCUCCAACUUCUUUCAGCAUGAUAUAUGAUGAAUUCACGAGAGAACCUUUGCACUACGGGCCUUCAACAGACAAUGAUGAGCAACCUAUAGAGCCUAUAUCUGAUAUUCGAAUUGAUCAAAUUAAUGACCUUAUGUUCAAUCCAAGAUGAGAAACAAUUUUACUGUGCAGUUAUUUUGCUUGGGUAGAUUGUAUCAGUUUCAUUUCCUUCAUUAUCAGUGUAUCCCUUUGAUUCACCCAAUUUUGGUACUUGAACAUUAAAUGUAAUUUAGAUGUGGCUGCUUCUUUCACAACCCUACAUUUGCUUUCCUCUGUGUAAUAACGAAAAACAAAUAUGCUGGUAAGCAAGGGUAGAUUACUGUUUGGGAAAAACAUAAAUUGACUAGCCCCCUCCCACCCCCCUGCAUCAAUUUUCCUGUAUCCAUGGUACAGUUUUGUCCAAAUAUGGAAAAAAAGAAAGUAGAGUCUCUACUUCGUAUGGUGUGUUGUGCGUUCA